UAAUGGAAUGAGCAAAUUUCCAGUUUAAGAAAAUAUAUAUCUUUGCUAGUUUACUGAAAAAGGGUUUCCCCCGCUUUGUAUUCCAAAGCAACCAACAGCGAUCACAAGAAAAUGCUGGGGCGAGCAGGACAUCAAGCCCAACAGGAAAAAAAGGGAAGAAGAAACAAAUGCCAACAACGGCAACUCGACAAAGCGCAGAUGACCCGCCACCGCUGCGCCCUCCAGAAUCGAGCCACCACGAAACAAGGCUCUGAUUCACCGCGUACCAAGUAGCACCUUCAAGAAGGAAUGCAACGCCGAUGACGCUGCUGCCCAGACGUGUCCUAGGGUUUCCCUCGGCACGCAGAGGGGAGUGGGGGAUGAAGAUCAACGACACCUCCAGGAAGGAAUGGCGGCACCCGCAGGCGGCACCGCAUCGGAGCAGGAAGAACUGGCAAGGAUUUCUCCCGCCCUCCAUACCUCACCCCCCAAUCCGGACCUGAGCCAACCAACCAACUCGCCGCCAACCAGCAUGAGCCACGCCGUUGCGACGCCACCCACGCCGCCUCACUGAGAACACAACCACGAGGCCAAGAGCACGAGGAGAGAAGUGCCGGGCGACGGGAGCAGCAACACCGUAGCCGCGCGGGAGUGAACCACCUCCACCGCCGUCGUGCGGGAGGCCCACGCUCCCGGCACAGUCGUGGUCGCCGUCUAGACGCAGCUGCAGGGCAUACCAGGCCACCCCUGGCCCGGCCAACCCUGAAUCGAGCCCACUAAGCCUCGCCGGCCAUGCUGCAGCGGGGCGGUACCAGCGCCGCCAGCACCCCACCCCGCCUGGCGGAAGCCACACUGCCGACCCGCCCAGACCCAGAUGGAGCCCAAAGUGCCCAGAUCUGGGACGAGCAGGCGCCGCCACGCCACCUCGCCGCCAACGGCGAUGCCAUCGCGCAGCCGAUCUCCCGCGCCGCACCAGGAUACCCCACCGCCACACCGGACAACCGCCACCUAGGGACAACCCCCGACGCUGCUUCGCCCCGCGCCAGAUAGCAAUUGGGAGGGGAAUGGCUAGGUGCCGCCGCCGCCAGCGUCGCACGGGCCAAGUCCGGUGGUGGGCGGCGGCGAGGGAGGAGUGAGGGAGAGCUGGAGGAAGAAGGGCCGGGGCACGGCCGGUCGCCCGCGGGGGCGAUGGGUGGGGGGAGGGGAGGUGAGGUGUAUAUAAUGACUUGCAUCCCCCUUUGCUAGUUUCCAUCUUCCUUUUAUACCCAGAGUGGGAUCGAGAUAACAAUAGUUAGGUGUCAACCCAGCAGAUCGCCAUUCGAUGUUGAUCCAAAGGUGUAGAAAAUGGCCACGUGUUUUAAAAAGGGCAUCACAUCAGCGUGAUGUCAAACUCUAGCCUUAGGAUGCCACGUCUGCUCUUCGUCUUCCUCCCGACUCCUUAACGCUUCUCCUCCCCCACCCCACACCCAUCGAGCCCACCACCUCCUCCGCAGCCGAAUUUGCCAACGACCUCGGAGCCACUAGCCUCGCAUCCCUAAGGUCUUCUUCGAAUGCCAUCUCAGCACUCAUUAUCCGUCUACCACCCCGUGCAAUCUCACCCCGCAGGUCAUCGACGUCGACUUUUGCCCUCAUCACCUCGGCCGUUCACCCACACCGGCGCCGUGCUAAGUCAAGACGGCGACACGAGCUUCAUAGUUUUUUUUCCUGAUAUAAGAAAAUUAGGCAACUUAUAUGUCUAUUGGAAAUUUCAUAUACCACACAUCAACGCUGGUCUGGGUUUUAUAUACUUGAAACAAUAAGAAAAGACCGGAUGGGGAAUGUUGGUGGAACCUCGUACUACUUACUCAGAGUAGUGGUCGUCUGGUGGUCACUCAUCAGUCUACUGCGUCAGUCCCCACUCCCCACCCAUAAUUCUAGGGUUGUGUGUGUCACUCUCUCCCGUCGGAGAGGUGAGAUCCGGGCGUCGAUGGAGGCGAGCUCGGGUCCUCGCCGGAGUUCCAGCCAGGAGCCAGAUGGCCCUGGCGACGGACCGGACCGCAUCAGCGCCCUCCCCGAGGAGAUGCUCCUCCUCGUCCUCGCCCGCCUCCCCUGCGCCGCCGCCGCCGCCCGCACCGAAGUCCUCUCCCGCCGGUGGCUCGGCCUCUGGACCGGCAUCCGCGAGAUCGUCUUCCGCGGCGUGGCCCUCCGGUCGCUCGAGGCGGCGCUCGGCCGCGUCGCUCUUCCCCCGCCCGCGGUUUCCCUUCAGGGUGGACGCGGUCCGGGCCGCUGCUCCUUCAUCUCCAUAGCGUCCACGGCGGGGGAGAUGGCGACAGUCGACGACGACGGGCAGGUGCAGACGAGGAGGUGUUGGUCGACGAGACUAAGGGGAGAGACAAGAUGGCGGAAAGUGGAGGAGGUGCAGGUGGUCAACUACGGCAACGGCGGGUCGGCGGUCGGCGGAGGCGGCGCUCCCUCCCUCCUGCAGCUGUAUGGUGGGCAGCGGCGGCGCGGCGGCGCCGGGAUGGGAUGCGGAGGCGGCGUCGGGAUUGAGCGACCGAACGAACAGAGUGCGACUGCGUGCGUUGGGCUGUGCCUUUUCUCGCAGCGUCCCCAUCAACCCGUCCCCAAGGAGAAGGAGCACUGGAGAGACAGCGCCGGCGUCCCCAUCAACUCGCUGCUCCGCGCCGCCGCGCGGCUCCAGCCGGAGAAGCUAGACUUCCUCCUCCCCUCCGGCAUAAUUGAGCGUGCCCUCGCUGUCGACCUGCCUUGCCUGCCCCGCGCCACCUCCAUCGCGCUCAACUUUUCCUCCCUCUUCUCCCUCGCCGCCGUGCCGGCCGGCGCCGAGUUCCCCGCACUCGAGACGCUGUCCCUGGCGGAAUGCAUUACCGACCUCGGCGCCUUGCUCUCCUGCUGCCCGCGCUUGCGCACGCUCCGCCUCAGCAGGGCUGUGUUCCCUGACUGCGUCAUUAGGGUCGUCAACUCGCCUCUGCUGCAGGAGCUGGUCGUGCAAUGCGAGGCCAGAUUGACACAGCGUGUCGUCAUUGUUGCUCCCGAGCUUAAGCAAUUGACCAUCUCAUUUACAUCGGUGGUGGCGGUUAACAUCACCGUCUUGGCGCCAGUGGUGGAGAAGAUUUCAUGGCAGUGCUGCUACUUGGGGCCGUAUAUUGUGUUUGGUCUUUGGAGCCUCAGCAAACUGCGGCUACAGUCGGCGGAGAGACAAGGAGAGCCAACGACGCUGCACAUUUAUGCCUGCGUCGACCCGUCUCCUUUUCGAGCUAAGGUGGACAACUUUAGGCGGGAGAUACAGAGGCACAUGGUUGCUGCCUUCUCCCUUUUCGAGCUACAUCUCACAGCCAAGGGGCAUGCUUUCGGAGCGUUUGUGGUUCAUCUCCUUGGGAUGGAUCGAAUUCGUACUGCUACUCGGAGGCUUAAGGUCGUCUUACAUAGAUCAGAGUUGAAAGAAGUAUGCCCGACACACUGUCCUUGUGAGUCUACAAACUGGAGGUCCCAGACUAUAUCCUUGGAUGCUCUCGAAGAAGUGGAGUUCAAUGGAUUCGACGGAGCGGAUCAUGAGUUUGAUCUAUUGGAAUUGAUACUUGGAUGUGCGCCAGCGCUAAAAAGAAUGAUUGUCAGGCUGUCCGAGGAGACCUCGGCAAGUAAUGAUGGAUGCGGAACGAUAGACAAUAUCUUCAGGGCAUGUUCUUCCGUGGAAUGUGAUGUUUAUCACAGCUCUGGUACAAUGUACGGCAGCCAAAAUUGCGCGUUGACAUGA